UCUUCACCCUCUUAUAGUAACAGCACAUCUUCACCCUCUAAUUUUAAUAGCACAUCUUCACCCUCUUAUAGUAACAGCACAUCUUCACCCUCUUAUAGUAACAGCACAUCUUCACCCUCUUAUAGUAACAGCACAUCUUCACCCUCUAAUUUUAAUAGCACAUCUUCACCCUCUUAUAGUAACAGUACAUCUUCACCCUCUUAUAGUAACAGCACAUCUUCACCCUCUUAUAGUAACAGCACAUCUUCACCCUCUAAUUUUAAUAGCACAUCUUCUAACAGCACAUCUUCAUCCUCUUAUAGUAACAGCACAUCUUCAUCCUCUUAUAGUAACAGCACAUCUUCAUCCUCUUAUAGUAACAGCACAUCUUCAUCCUCUUAUAGUAACAGCACAUCUUCACCCUCUUAUAGUAACAGCACAUCUUCAUCCUCUUAUAGUAACAGCACAUCUUCAUCCUCUCAUGGUGACAGCACAUCUUCACACUCUUAUGGUGACAGCACAUCUUCACCCUCUUAUGCACAUCUUCACACUCUUAUGGUAAUAGCACAUCUUCACACUCUUAUGGUAACAGCACAUCUUCACACUCUUAUGAUAACAGCACAUCUUCACCCUCUUAUGGUAACAGCACAUCUUCACACUCUUAUGGUAAUAGCACAUCUUCACACUCUUAUGGUAAUAGUACAUCUUCACACUCUUAUGGUCAUAUUAGCAGCAUCCGCAGGACAACAGCAGGUGUAUUUUGGUUGA